AUGGCGUACCGGAGGAAGCAGGGCAUCCAGCGGUCGAACACCUUCGUGGAGGACCACCGCCAGCCGUCGCCGGGCGACUCCGCGUCGCCCGCCACCGCGUCCCCGCGCGCCACCCGCUUCGCCGACGACAGCCGCCGGCCCGACCGCUCCCUGGCGGCGCAGACCCUGCUCGCCUCCGCCGCGCGCGGGGACAUGCAGGCGCUCGCCGAGCGCUUCACUGCAUCCUCCUCGUCCCCGCUCGCCGCCCGGCCGAGUGACCCCGUCACGUCGUCGUCCCUGCGGGUGUCCCCGCGCGCCGCCCGGGCGGCUGACCCCGCCACGUCGUCGUCCCUGCGCGUGUCCCCGCGCUCCGGCCGGCCGAAUGACCCCAUCACGUCGACGUCCCCACGGGCGUCCCCGCGCUCCGGCCGGCAGAACGACAUGUUCGCGCAGGAUCCUGUGACCAUGCUGUACACGUCCACGUCGAGCGCCACGAACGACGACUCCAAGCUUUCACCAGUGAAGAAAGACGAGACGAAGCAAGGACUGUGGGGGCUUCUGGCGCAGCAAGCUAAGGCCAUGCUCGACGAAAGUGCCCCCACAGAGGAGGCCCGGAGCCAGCCUCUGGCCACAUCAGCCGGCAGUCCGCAAGCUCAAUCACGGUGGUCCUACGACCCGGUCCGGAAGUCGGAGAGCCCUACGUUCCAGCACGGAUCGGAAGGGCCGAAGUUCGACAUGGGAGGGCACAUCAAGAAUGCGCUGGAGGAGGGCCUGCAUGCGGCGACGAUGGCGGAGAGCAGGACGCCGGCGGUGGUGGGGAGGAAGCUGCAGAUCAGGAGGAAGACGUGCAGCGUGGACAUGCGGAGCGCCCACCUGAACCUGGGCACCCCCGACCUCAUGUCGCCGAUGAUGACCGACUUCGAGUCGCCCCAGAUCAAAGCUUCUCGCGACGUGGCGAACGUGAUGGCGGCCAAGGUGAAGCUGCUGCAGCGGGAGCUCAAGACGGUGAACGCCGACCUGGCCUUCUCCAAGGAGCGGUGCGCGCAGCUGGAGGAGGAGACCCGCCUGCACCGGGCCGGCAACAACGACCACGCCGCCAACGAGGACCUGGUACGGAAGCAGCUGGAGACGCUGCUGGCGGAGAAGGCGCGGCUGGCCACCGAGAACACGGUGUACGCCAGGGAGAACCGGUUCCUGCGGGAGAUCGUCGACCUCAACCAGCUAACCGUGGUCGGCCUCCAAGAGGACAUCAUCGAGGAGGAAGAAGAAGAAGAAGAAUACGAGGAGGAAGAAGAAGAAUACGAGGAGGAGGAAGAGGCCGAGCACGACACACCGGCCAACCCCGGCACUGCCCCUCCCAAGCCCCCCUCACAUCACACCGACAAUGUGCAUGUUGCUGCCCCACAGCCGCCCUCUCGCCGCACCGACAAUGCGGCUGUUCCUGCCCCCAAGUCUCCCUCACAUCGCACCGACAAUGCACCGGUUGCUGCCCCCCAGUCGCCCUCUCGCCGCACCGACAAUGUGCCAGUUACUGUCCCACAGUCGCCCUCUCGCCGCACUGACAAUGUGCCGGUUGCAUCUCCCUGCACCGACAAUGCGCCGGAGUCGAGGAGCACAGACAACAGCAGCAACGCUGCCAUCGGAGUUGCCGGGUCGCCCAUGCACCGGAGUCCAAAGGAAGAUGAAGGUUCACAGCAGACAAACCCCAUUCGAGAUAAUUGCUCGCCGGAGAAGGCCUCCCAGCAGCAGCAAUGCCAAGACUGA